UACUGAUCAUAUACAUAGCACAAGACCAAGUCAUGGGAGAGUAAGAUCUCUUAUUGUAGUUAACCAAAUCUACAAACAUGGCUCUGUAAAUUUCCAAUCAAUGGCAUCUCUCACCAUGCAAACAUCCUCUUAUUCUUCUUCUUCGUAUGAAUGGGAUGUUUUCCUCAGUUUCCAUGGUGAGGACACCCGUAAGAGUUUUACUGCUCAUCUGUAUAAUGCUUUGGAACUGAGAAGCCUUUCCACCUUUAGGGACGAUAAAGAAUUGGAGAGAGGAAGAUAUAUAUCUCCAGAACUCUUGAAUGCAAUUGAAAACUCCAUGUAUGCGGUCGUCGUUCUCUCACCACACUACGCUUUUUCGACGUGGUGCUUAACUGAACUCACCAAGAUCGUUGAAUGCAUGGAAAAGACGGGGUUGAUACUUUUGCCAGUUUUCUAUCACGUGGAUCCCUCUCACGUGCGACAUCAGAAAGGUACUUUUGCUGAAGCUUUUGUUAAACAUGAAAACAAUCCCAAGAUUGUUGGAGAUGAUAAGCAAACAUGGAAAUCUGCUUUGAGCAAAGUGGGCAAUAUCUCUGGAUGGGAUUUAUGCAAUAGGGAUGAGUCAACAGUUAUUGAAGAGAUUGUAGGAGUGAUACAUGCUAAAUUAAAUUCUACACUCUCGACUGUUUCCAAGAAGCUUGUUGGGAUAGACUUUCGUGUAGACGAAUUGAUAAAUUUAUAUUUAAAUAUUAGGCCGGAUGAUGUUCACUUUCUAGGUAUCUGGGGGAUGGGUGGCAUUGGGAAGACCACUCUUGCACGUGCUAUUUAUGACAAAAUUUCAAGUCAAUUUCACUCAUUUAGUAGCUUUAUUGCCGAUGUUAGAGAAAAGAGUGGAGGACAUGGUCUUGUUGAUUUACAAAAACAACUUCUUUCCGACCUCUUCAAGGAUAAUAGUGACAUAAAGGAUGUCGACAGGGGAAAAAACAAAAUUAGACACAGAUUACGUCGUAAAAGGGUUCUUGUUGUUGUGGAUGAUGUGGAUCAAACCCAACAAUUAGAAGCAUUAGCAAUUGAGCGCGAUUUGUUUGGUCGAGGGAGUGUAAUCAUUAUAACAACAAGACAUGACCAAAUGUUGAAAGAACGGGGAUUGGCUGAAGAUGAAAUAUAUAGGGCUAAAGAACUGGACCAUGAUGAUGCUCUCCAACUCUUUAGUUGGAAGGCCUUCAAGAAUGACCGCCCUCCAGAAGGUUUUGUGGAGCUUUCCGAGCAGAUUAUACAUUAUGCUAAAGGCCUUCCUUUAGCUCUUGAAGUUUUGGGUUCGUACUUAUGUUCGCCAAAUGUAGACUUUUGGGAAAGUACUUUGGAAAGUUUAAGACAAUACCCCAAGAAAGAAAUCGUGGAUACACUCAAAAUAAGUUUUGAUGGACUCCAGGAAAACGAGAAAAACAUUUUUCUAGAUAUUGCAUGUUACUUCAAAGGGGAGAAGUAUGUCGACCGUGUCAAGAGCAUACUAGAAAGUUGUGAUUAUCACCCAAGCAGCGGUAUAGAGAUUCUUAUCAGCAAGUCUCUCAUAACAAUCUCGGGAGGAAGACUCUGGAUGCAUGAUCUACUCCAAGAAAUGGGUCAUGAAAUUGUUCGCCGCCAAUCUCAGAGAGAUCCCAGCAGACAGGCCAGGUUGUGGCUUACUAAUGAGAUCAUUCGUGUGCUAAAGAACAACAAUGGAACAGACAGGAUCGAAGGCAUAUUCCUAAACUCUCCUCCACAAGAAGAACUACACUUGAAUUCUGGUGUGUUCUCGGAGAUGAAGAACUUAAGAUUGCUCAAGAUCAUAGGUAAUGUGCACCUUUCUCAAGGCCUUAGUAAUCUUUCUACAGAAUUGCGGGUUAUGGAGUGGCAUGGAUAUCCUUUAAGUACUUUUCCAAUGGGUUUCCCGCCUGAUAAACUCGUUGAACUCAAUAUGCGUUGUAGCCACAUCGUGCAACCAUGGCAGGGAAUUAAGAGUUUGCACAAGCUAAAACUGGUUGACCUUAGUGACUCUCAAUACUUUAAGGAGACCCCGGACUUCACAAGAGCCCCAAAUCUAAAGAGGCUGAUUCUUCGAGGCUGUACAAAUUUGCUUGAGCUCCACCCAUCGGUUGGAGAUCUCAGAGACCUCAUUGUUCUGAAUUUGAAAGAUUGUGCAUCACUUAAAAGCCUUCCAUGUAACAUUGGUUGGGAUUCCCUUGAAGAAUUGAUUCUCUCUGGGUGUUCGAGACUCGAGAAGCUUCCAGAAAGUGUGGGAAAUUUAAAACGUUUGUCUCAGCUUCAUUUGGAUGGUUGCUCAAAACUUGAUAACAUGCCCAAGGACCUAGGGAAUGUGGAACGUCUGGAGGAGCUUGAUAUAAGUGGAACUGCUAUAAGGCGAGUACCAUCAUCCUUUUUACGUCUGAAGAACCUUAAAAUGCUAAACUGCCAAGGAUGUUCCGGUCUGCCACCUCAAUCGUUACUCGGCCUACUCUUCGGUUGUUUCUUGCCAAGCUCCGACAUUGGCUUUGUGUUGCCUGAUUCGUUCGCAGGUUUACGCUGCCUGAACAAAUUAAACUUGAGUUAUUGCCAUUUAAAAGAUGGAGCAAUUCCAAGUGACCUAAGUGGAUUGUCAUCAUUGCUAGCUCUAGAUCUAAGCGGAAAUGAUUUCGAGCGCUCACCUGAAAGCAUCUCUCAACUUUUCAAGCUUAGAGCUAUUUUCUUGAGAAGUUGUAAGAGACUUCGAUCACUGCCAGAACUCCCGUCAAGUGUAGUAAGUGUUGCUGCUGAAGAUUGUAUCUCAUUGGAAGAACAUUCUAAUGAACUUAGUGCUAUAGUUUCAGAUGAAACAGGACUGGCACUUCUUAGGACCUGUACGCCACGUGAAUCGCAAGGCGGCAAGCUUGGGACGCUCUCGUUAUCAACUGCAGAAGGAGACCUAAUGAAUGAAAGAACCAUUAAGGCAAACAUUGAUCUUGCCAGAGUUAUCUCGGGUACUUCAAGUGCAUCAAGAAUUCCAAUGUGGUUCCAGAAUCCGAGAAUGGGUUCCUCGAUCACAACCCGGUUGCAUCCGGAUUUGGAUGAUAGUAGAAAGUGGUUGGGUUUUGCUCUUUAUUUUGUCUUUCAAAUCCAUGAACUUGAGACUUGGGAGUCACCACGUUUUAGCAGGUUAGAUUUUCAUCUGGAUCGAGAAGAUUUCGACCAGCUUUUGUUUCAUUUUGGCACUGAUGAAGGUCCUCUAAAAGAACCCCUAGAGAAAGAAUUCCCUAAAUGUCUCACUCAUACGCCAGCAGGAUAUUGGAUAUAUGUACCACACAUCUGGUUUGAGAAAAAGUCAAAUGAGGUGGAUACAUGGAGUUACAUUGAGGUUUCAAUUACGACUGGAAGUCGAUUUAUGAAGGUACAAAUGUGCGGGGCUCGUCUAGUAUACGAGCAAAAUGCCCACGAGUUUGUCGAUGCUGUCCAAACCUCUAAGAAAAUGACGACUCUCAACAUUUGUGAUCGAAAGGGGCAUUUCAAAUUCCAGAGCUCUCCGGGAAGUGGUUCCGGAUUUCACUUUCUAUGCCUGGUUGCUCCAGAGAAUGUUGGUGAAGUGGAAUCUAGUGGGUCCAAUCUAUUGGAUAAAGGUUUUACCUCAAAUGAAAUAUUGGAAUGCAACUCAAAGAAUUCAAGCAGUUGUUCUGUUGAGGACCCAGGCUGCAUUGACAGUGACUCGACCAUCGGUCUUAAAACACUACUUCAAUCCUUGCUUCUCAGAUGCUAUGAGGUAAACUACGCACAAAACAAAAUGCACAAGUAUAUUUUUCCAUUAAGUGCAUCUCCACUAUGGUUCACACUUCAUGGUAUGGGGCCUAUAGUUGAUGUCGAGCUGCCUCCGAAUAUAUAUCAGACAAGGGAUGGAUAG